GCUUAAAUAAAAAUACAUCAACAACAACCCAUUUUUCCUUUUCAUAUCCUUUAGUGUUUUUUUUCUUAGUUUCAUAUAAGGAAAACAUUGCUACAAGUACAAACUCAUGGAUUGUGAAGGUUGUUAUUAGUACUAGUAGCACUUAAAUUUAAGCUAGUUACAAAAGUUUGUCUUUUGGUGGUUGUGUUGAGUGGUAGCAAUGGAUGGAGGUGAUAUAUACAGAGCAAGUAGUAGUCUAAGAGGGAAUAAUUCUACAGUUUUUUCGAGAUCCUCGCGGCACGAUGAAGAUGAUGAGGAAGCUUUGAAAUGGGCUGCACUUGAAAAACUACCUACUUACAAUCGUGUAAGGAAAGGGUUGUUGAUCACAUCACAUGGAGAAGCCAAUGAGAUUGAUGUAACUAAACUUGGAUUUCAAGAAAGACAGGAAUUGUUGAACAGGCUGGUCAAUGCUAAUGAAAAUGACAAUGAGAAUUUUUUAUUGAGGCUCAAGGAAAGAAUUGAUAGAGUUGGGAUUGAUGUUCCAACAGUUGAAGUUCGUUAUGAGCAUCUAACUGUUGAGGCAGAAGCUUAUGUAGGAAGUAGAGCUUUGCCUUCUUUCACUAACUUUACUAUUGGUGCAGUGGAGAAUAUCCUUAGCUUUUUUCAUAUUCGAUCAACCAAAAAGAAACAUGUGACUAUCCUUAAAGAUGUUAGUGGAAUAGUCAAACCUCAAAGGAUGACAUUGCUUCUUGGUCCUCCAAGUUCUGGAAAGACCACACUUCUUUUGGCCUUAGCAGGAAAACUUGAUAAAACUCUCAAGGUAUCUGGUAGAGUGACAUAUAAUGGACAUGGAAUGGAAGAAUUUGUACCUCAGAGAACUGCUGCAUAUAUUAGCCAAAAUGAUGUUCAUAUUGGAGAAAUGACUGUAAGAGAAACCUUGGCUUUCUCAGCAAGGUGCCAAGGAGUUGGAACGCGUUAUGAUUUGCUAUCUGAGUUGAUUAGAAGAGAAAAACAAGCAAAGAUCAAACCAGAACCAGAUAUUGAUGUCUUCAUGAAGGCAGCUGCAGCUGGAGGCCAGGAGGAAAGUCUGGUAAUAGAUUAUAUGCUGAAGAUCUUGGGGUUGGAUGUAUGUAGUGAUACUAUUGUGGGGGAUGGAAUGCGGCGAGGUAUCUCGGGCGGACAAAGGAAAAGAGUUACAACAGGAGAGAUGUUGGUUGGAGCAGCAAAAGUUCUAUUAAUGGAUGAAAUAUCUACUGGCUUGGAUAGCUCCACAACUUUUCAAAUUGUGAAAUCUAUCAGACAAUCUAUUCACAUUUUUAGUGGAACUGCAGUUAUCUCUUUGUUACAGCCAGCACCAGAGACUUAUGAACUUUUUGAUGACAUUAUUCUUUUAUCUGAUGGUCAAAUUGUCUACCAAGGACCACUUGAACAUGUUCUUGAAUUCUUUGAAUCUCUUGGUUUCAAAUGUCCUGAUAGGAAAGCUGUUGCUGACUUCCUUCAAGAAGUAACUUCAAGGAAGGAUCAAGAGCAAUAUUGGGUUUGCAGAGAAAAACCAUACAGGUUUGUAACUGUUACUCAAUUUGCUGAGGCAUUUCAGUCAUUCCAUGUUGGGAGGAGAAUUGGAGAUGAGCUUGCAAUUCCAUUUGACAAGUCUAAGAAUCACCCAGCUGCAUUAACCACUAAAAAAUAUGGUGUUGACAAGAAGGAACUUUUAAAGGCUAAUUUCUCAAGAGAGUAUUUGCUUAUGAAAAAGAAUUCUUUUAUUUACAUCAGCAAGUUGUUUCAACUUUCUGCAACGGCAACAAUUGCUAUGACACUUUUUCUACGAACUAAUAUGCACAAAGAUUCAUUGGAUGGUGGAAUAGUUUAUCUUGGUGCUUUAUUUUUCUCAUUAAUAAUGCUAAUGUUCAAUGGAACUAUUGAGCUUACAAUGACCAUUGUAAAGCUUCCAACAUUCUUCAAGCAAAGAGACCACUUAUUUUAUCCUGCAUGGGCAUAUGCUAUUCCCACAUGGGUCAUCAGAAUCCCUGUUACAUUGAUAGAAGCUUCUAUUUGGGUAAUCAUCACCUACUAUCCAAUUGGAUUUGAUUCAAAUGUUUGGAGAUGUUUAAAGCAGUUUUUGCUGCUGUUACUGAUAAACCAGACAGCUUCUGGAUUGUUCCGAUCUAUUGCAGCAAUUUGUAGAGACUAUGUUGUUGGUACCAUAACUGGAUUCUAUGUACUUCUAAUAUUUGUCGCAUCGGGUGGAUUCGUUUUGGCAAAAAAUGAUAUUAAGAAGUGGUGGAGUUGGGGUUACUGGAUUUCACCUUUAAUGUAUGCACAAAAUGCUGUAGUGGUGAAUGAAUUCCUUGGACACAGUUGGGACCAUGUUGCCCCAGAUUUUGGACUGGGAAAUCAAAAUACGACAUUGGGAAUUCAAGUUUUGGAGUAUCGUAACUUCUUCACACAUGCAUAUUGGUAUUGGAUAGGAGUUGGUGCAUUAACAGGAUUUAUGUUCUUUUGGAACAUUAUAUACUCUAUUGCUCUCACUUACCUUGGUCCAUAUAACAAGCAACAAGCAACAAUAACAGAAGAAUCAGAAGGUAGUAAUACACCAAAUGACAAAAAUAGAGAAGUUGAAUUACAACAAUUAGAAAAUUCUGGGAGAUCUAAUGCUAUUAUGGAUUCUAGUACUGGGAAGAAAAGGGGAAUGGUUCUACCUUUUGAACCAUAUUCUAUCACAUUUGAUGAAAUUGAAUACUCCGUUAACACGCCACAAGAAAUGAAAGACCAAGGUAUAAUCGAGGACAGGUUAGUUCUGUUGAAGGGUGUUAGUGGUGCAUUUAGGCCCGGUGUUCUCACAGCCUUGGUGGGUGUCAGUGGAGCUGGUAAAACUACUUUGAUGGAUGUUUUGGCUGGUAGGAAAACUACGGGUCAUAUUGAUGGGAGCAUAAAAAUUUCUGGCUACCCUAAAAAUCAAGAUACAUUUGCUAGAAUCUCUGGCUAUUGUGAGCAGAAUGAUAUCCACUCCCCUCAUGUUACUGUCCAUGAGUCCUUACUAUAUUCCGCAUGGCUUCGUUUACCCACAGAAGUUGAUUCCAAUACCAGAAAGAUAUACGUUGAGGAAAUCAUGGAACUAGUGGAGUUGAAUCCAUUGAGGAACUCACUAGUUGGUUUGCCUGGUGUGAGUGGUCUUUCAACUGAACAACGCAAGAGGCUGACUAUUGCAGUUGAAUUAGUGGCCAAUCCAUCCAUAAUUUUCAUGGACGAGCCUACAUCUGGUUUAGAUGCUAGAGCUGCUGCAAUUGUUAUGCGAACCGUUAGGAACACAGUUGACACAGGAAGAACAGUUGUUUGUACCAUCCAUCAACCAAAUAUUGACAUAUUUGAAGCUUUUGAUGACUUAUUCCUCUUGAAGCGCGGAGGACAAGAAAUAUAUGUUGGGCCAUUGGGUCGUUAUUCGUGUCACUUGAUCAACUAUUUUGAGAGCAUUGAAGGAGUUAGUAAAAUCAAAGAUGGAUAUAACCCUGCAACAUGGAUGUUGGAAGUGACAAGUCCAGCACAAGAACUUGCUUUAGGUGUUGAUUUUCAUGAGAUAUACAAAAAUUCUGACCUAUAUAGGAGAAAUAAGCAACUUAUAGAAGAAUUGGGUAAACCUAUCCCUGGUUCAAAGGAAUUUCAUUUCCCAACUCAAUACUCACAGCCAUUUUUUAUCCAAUGCUUGGCUUGCUUGUGGAAACAAAAUUUGUCAUAUUGGCGCAACUCAAAUUACACUGCUGUGAGAUUUUACUUUGCUACUUUCAUAGCAUUGGUGUUUGGAACAAUGUUUUGGAACCUUGGAAGCAAAUUCACAACAUCACAAGGCCUAUAUAAUGCCCUUGGUUCUAUGUAUGGUGCUGUUCUCUUCAUUGGGGUACAGAAUUCUUCCUCGGUACAAUCAGUGGUGGAUGUUGAAAGAACUGUCUUUUAUAGAGAAAGAGCUGCUGGAAUGUAUUCUGCUUUACCCUAUGCAGUUGCACAGGUUGUAGUUGAGCUACCUUAUAUUUUGGCACAAGCCGUAUCAUAUGGUGUCAUAGUUUAUGCCAUGAUUGGAUUUGAGUGGACAGUAACAAAAUUCUUUUGGUACUUGUUUUUCAUGUACUUCACAUUUUGCUACUUCACCUUCUAUGGCAUGAUGACUGUGGCAUUCACCCCAAAUCACCAUAUUGCUGCAAUAACUGCAGCUGCAUUUUAUGGACUUUGGAAUGUGUUUUCAGGAUUUGUCAUUCCAAGACCUAAAAUGCCUGUGUGGUGGAGGUGGUACGCUUGGGCAGAUCCUGUGGCUUGGACCUUAUAUGGAUUAUUUUCAUCACAAUUUGGAGACAUAACAGCCCCAAUGAAGGAUUUGGAUGGUCUGACAGUGCAAGAAUUUAUAAGAAUUGCUUUGGGUAUGAAACACGAUUUUGUAGGGGUUUGUGCAGUUGUGAUUGUUGGGAUAGCAGUCUUAUUUGCUUUUACUUUUGCUGUAUCAAUUAAGGUCUUUAGUUUCCAACAAAGAUAAAUUAAAGGAUCAUUGAUACAUUCAAACAUUUUUUUCCAGCUUACACGUAUCCUAAUAGUAUUCUUGUGUCCCUCAUGUUCAUGCAGUAUUUGCCUUGCAAAUUUUGUUUCCUACUUAGAGUCAAGUUGAAGCUUCUUUAAUAAAUGUAUACAAUACAAAAUACACUAAAGAUGAGACUUCCACUUAUGACAAUUUCUUUUUUAUAGAAUCGUUUGAUGUAAUGCAGUAAGAUAAUAUGUUUUGUGUGUAUUUCAAGUAAUGUGAAAAUCAAGACUUGUGUUAUGUUGAUCAA